AUGGCGAGACUGUGCAGCGACAGGAGGGAAGACUUGACGGCGGGAAGGAACGGCGACGACGGCCGUGACUGGGCGACAUCGACGCUUGCAGGAGGUCCGGUGGUGAGCGCCGUGGUGACACAACAGCCGACCAGAGAAUGGUACUAUGGCGCGGCAAUGAUGGCUGCACUUGAUGGCGGUGGUAGCGGAGGCAGGGGUGGCCUGGCGAUUGGUGGGUUACGGAAUCCAUUGACUGAUCGACGGCGGUUGUACUGA